UCCCUCCCGGUGCAGCGGAGACUUGAACACACUGCCUUUGAGGCGCUCGCGAUGCUUCUCCGGGUUCGUUCCGCUGCCGGCGAAGAAUGGUAACAUGAACGGCGGAGCGUGAAAGCGUCACCCCGGCGAGGGGCGAGAUUGAUGGGCAGCGCGCGCCGGGCGGAGGAGCCGGUUCCGAGGGCUGCGCGGGGAAGGCGCGGCGCCACGCUGCACUCCUGGCCGGACUCAGCUGACAUCUGUAGCCUCCUCUCAGCCAGGUUCCCAGGUCUCUGAGCCUCCUCCGCCUGACGGGAGCAUUGGGGCAGCACCAGAGGCUCCCGGAGUUUGUGGAACUCUACCCAAACAGGAGUCCUGCCCUGGAUCCCGCGUCUCUGGAUCCCCGUGGAGUCUGCUGGCAAGCUGGCUCCGGAGGGAGUUGAACUUGAGUCCAGAUGGCCAACUCCCUCUGAAUUCAGCAGAUUGGUGCUGAGCACGCAACAAAAGUUUGUAGCUUCCCCUCACUUUCUGGUGCUUCGCAGGGGAGAGGAAAGGACUUUGGCAUUAAACUCAAGAAGCAGUCAGGGAGCCAUCUCCUUUAACUUUUCUCCUCUGUUACCAUUUGCCAUGAAGAGGAAACAGAAGAGAUUUCUGCAGAUGACUUUAUUAUUCAUGGUGGCUUUAAUUUUCCUGCCCAAUAUCGGUCUCUGGUCUCUGUACAAGGAUAAACACCUGGUGAAAUCUACAGAGCCCGGGGAACAGCAGACAUUCCCACUGGGCCUGGGAGAUGGGCAAUUCUAUUCAUGGACAGAUGGUUUGAGAAGAAAGGACUGGCAUGACUAUGAGAGCAUUCAGAAAGAGGCAAUGCGCUCAGGGAAAGGUGAGCAUGGAAAACCUUACCCUCUCACUGAAGAGGACAACGAUGACUCAGCUUACAGAGAGAAUGGUUUCAAUAUUUUCGUCAGCAAUAAUAUUGCUCUAGAGAGGUCCCUGCCAGAUAUCCGCCAUGCUAACUGUAAGCACAAGAUGUACCUGGAAAGGCUGCCAAAUACCAGCAUCAUUAUCCCAUUUCAUAAUGAAGGUUGGACUUCACUCCUGAGAACCAUACACAGCAUAAUUAACCGAACCCCAGAGAGUCUGAUAGCAGAAAUCAUUCUAGUAGAUGACUUCAGUGAUAGAGAACACUUGAAAAAUAAACUGGAAGAAUAUAUGGCUCGAUUUUCCAAAGUGAGAAUUCUUCGCACCAAGAAAAGGGAAGGACUCAUCCGAACCCGACUUCUGGGGGCAUCUAUGGCCAGGGGAGAAGUACUGACGUUUCUGGACUCCCACUGCGAGGUCAACGUGAACUGGCUGCCCCCACUGCUUAACCAAAUUGCACUAAACCACAAAACCAUCGUGUGUCCCAUGAUCGAUGUCAUUGACCACAAUCACUUUGGGUAUGAGGCACAAGCUGGGGAUGCCAUGCGAGGAGCCUUCGACUGGGAAAUGUACUACAAAAGAAUACCCAUCCCUCCAGAACUCCAGAGGGCAGAUCCCAGCGACCCUUUUGAGUCUCCUGUUAUGGCUGGUGGUCUCUUCGCUGUGGAUCGAAAGUGGUUUUGGGAAUUGGGUGGAUACGAUCCAGGCUUAGAAAUCUGGGGAGGAGAACAGUAUGAAAUCUCUUUUAAGGUUUGGAUGUGUGGAGGAGAAAUGUUUGAUGUCCCGUGUUCUAGAGUUGGUCACAUUUAUAGGAAGUACGUCCCUUAUAAAGUUCCAUCUGGGACCAGCCUGGCGAGAAACCUGAAGCGGGUGGCUGAGACAUGGAUGGAUGAAUUCGCAGAGUACAUUUACCAGCGGCGGCCCGAAUAUCGGCACCUUUCCACGGGGGACAUCUCAGCCCAGAAGGAGCUGCGCAAACAGCUGAAGUGCAAGGACUUCAAAUGGUUCAUGGCUGCAGUGGCCUGGGACGUGCCCAAGUACUACCCUCCGGUGGAGCCCGCACCUGCUGCCUGGGGGGAGAUUCGGAACGUGGCAGCAAACCUCUGUGUAGACAGCAAGCAUGGAGCCACAGGAACGGAGCUGAGGCUGGACAUCUGUGUGAAAGACGGUUCUGAAAGGACGUGGUCUCAUGAGCAGCUCUUUACCUUUGGAUGGAGAGAAGAUAUUCGACCUGGGGAGCCGCUGCAUACCCGAAAGUUCUGCUUUGAUGCCAUCUCACACAAUAGCCCGGUCACGCUCUACGACUGUCACGGCAUGAAGGGGAACCAGUUCUGGGGAUACCGGAAGGACAGAACAUUAUUUCAUCCUGUGAGCAACAGCUGCAUGGAUUCCAACCCAGCAGAAAAGAAGAUUUUCAUGGCCAGAUGUGACCCCCUAUCUGAGACUCAGCAGUGGAUUUUUGAACACAUUAACAUGACUGUUUUAGAAAAAUUUAGCCACCAUGCCAGGUCCUAGAAAGAAGAAAGAAAAGAAA